AUAUAGAAUAACUUUCAUAGCUGCAAAAACAUAUAACCAUGGCUACGCCAUCUGAAAAUAAUAUCUCAAACUCACCAUCAUCUUUGUCUCAAUUUUUACAAGAAAACUCUUACACUGAAGAGUUUAGAGAAUUUCUCAAUUCACUACCCAAAGAAACAGGUUGGCUCACUCCUGAUUUGUACAACUACAAAGGGUUUUGGUUGGAACCCUUUUUCUUGCAAGGUGCUCUUACAAUCCACCAACAUUUCCAGCCUCAAGACUCUGAUAUUAUACUAAGCACCUUCCCUAAAUCCGGCACUGUUUGGUUGAAAGCUCUGGCAUUUGCAUUGAUCACUCGAAAACAGUUCCUUGCGGAGCAAGAAACCCACCCUUUACACACAAACAACCCUCAUGACCUCAUUCCCUUCUUGGAAUUGUCUUAUGCAGCAAAAGAGAGACCAGAUUUUGCCUUGACUAACGGGUCGAGGCUAUUGGCUACGCAUUUGCCGGUCUCUUUGUUGCCAAAAUCUGUGUGGGAAUCAAAGGGCAAGGUGGUUUAUCUGUGCAGGAACCCGAAAGACACCGUGGUGUCGUUCUGGCACUUCAUGAAUAAGCUGAGGAGUGAGCUUCGAGGCCUCGAAGCUAUGCCUUUCCCGGAGGCGUUUGAUAGUUAUUGCAGGGGAGUGUGUAACACCGGGCCUUUCUGGGAUCAUGUAUCGGAGUACUGGAAAGAGAGCCUGGAGAAUCCUGGGAAAGUGUUGUUCUUGAAGUAUGAGGAGAUGAAGAAAGAGCCGGAGGUUCAUCUGAGGCGAAUGGCGGCGUUCUUGGGGUGUCCAUUUUCUGAGGAGGAAGAAGAGUGUGGUGUGGUAAGUGGAAUCUUGAGACUUUGUAGCUUUGAAAGCUUGAGCAAUUUGGAGGUUAACAAGACUAGUGUUAAUGGCGAUCUUGGGGUUGAGAAUGGUGUGUUAUUCAGGAAAGGUAAGGUUGGGGAUUGGAGUAACCAUAUGACAGAAGAAAUGGCGAGGAGACUUGAUCAAAUUGUCCAGGAAAAGUUCACAGGGACAGGACUCAUGUUAUGAUCAGAUCCUAUAUUUAAUGUUUGUCUGUUUGCGAGUAUGUAGUGUGUACUGU